AUGGCGUCCAGAGGAUAUCAACCCCCAAAACAGGGCAGACCUGAACCUCAAAGACAGACCAACUGGCAGAGAUCAUUUAGUUCAGAUCGUGAGGAUGCUCACAGUUUGAACAGUCUCCCAGGUGACAUGCGUAUCAAUAACUGGGAUUUAUCAGAUCUUCAUCCAUCAAAUUUGGGAGUAAAUUCCAAGAGACAUAAGAAGUCCAAGGGCAAUCCUGAGCGUGAGAGGGAGCAGUCACUGUCUGUGGACUCACCACCCAAUGAGAAGAAACAUCACACACCAUCAUCAUACCCACGCACAAAGAUCACGGCAAACACUCCAACAUCACAGCGUGUGGCACUGGAGAAUAUCAGGCAGCACAUGACUUUCAGUGACAUGGAUGAUGAGCAAGCCAACAUAGAUGGUGAGAGGAACAAUGAACGACAAGUAAGACAUAAACAACAAAGUCUUUCCAAUGGCUCUCUUAACAGAGCCCAUUCAGAUGACAGUAUCAGGGCAGCAAGUCUGGGGCUUCUCAGUCGCAAUAAUAACAUGCAUCGCUCCAGCAAGGAGCGGGGGCCGGAUCGAAACGAGAUUGUGGCUCGUCUGACACAGAUCAGAGACUUUACAAAGCAGGCCAGGUCAAUGUUGGACAGUUUGGAGAGGCUCGGCAACAUGAAGCGAAGCGAAGAUGUUGAGAAAGUUCAAAGGUUGAUCAGAAAUCUGCAGGAACAGGAGCAUGGAUAUAAAGGACUUCUGGAGAAUAGCAUG